GUUAACGAAAAUAGUAUUGAGAUAAAGGGUUCGAAGUACAAGGUAAGUGAAAUUGAAAGUCAGGAACCUAUUGGAAUGGAAGGAGGCAAGGGAUUUUUGCUCGAAGGCGGUCUCUAUAAAAAAGAAAUUAGAGUGGAAGGAAUUAAGGUGUCACUGACAGGUUCAUAUGAAACUCUUAACAGCAUAAAAAAAGAUGAUUCUUUAUUGGUGCUUGACAAAGAGAGGUGGGAAAGCGAAAGCCCAUUUGCCAUCUUGGCAUCGGGACAAGAAGGUGCUUAUCAGCGAAAAGGUUUAGUAGGAUUUUCAGGAAAAGCAGAAGUAGAAAAACUAGAAAGCAUAAAAGGAACAAAGAAAGAAAAUUUGAUUAUUGAACAACGGCAGGAAUUGCAAAAUAAGAUAGAAAUUCCUCCCAAAGGAAAUAUUAAUUAA